AGGCGUCUCUGUCCUUCAACCAAUCAGAGGAAGCGGUGUAUCACAAGGAAGCAGAGCCACAACGGGUCAUUCUCACGCUAGUCACCAGCAGCAACUACUAUAAUGCCGUUCAUAAACGUAGAAACCAAUUUACCUGCAAGCAAGUUUCCAGAAGACUUGUUGAAAAGACUGUGCACUACAUUGGCUGCAGCUUUGGGGAAACCGGAAGACAGGAUGAAUCUGGUGGUGAAGGCUGACCUGCCGAUGAUGAUCGCGGGGUCCAGCUCCCCGUGUUUGUUGAUGUCCUUGUCUGCCAUAGGAGUGACUGAUACCGCGGAGAAAAAUAAGGAACAUAGCGCCAAAAUCUUCCAGUUUCUAACAGGAGAGCUUGGUCUUAGCGAUGAUCGUAUUUUGAUAUUGUUCUACCCUCUGGAACCAUGGCAGAUUGGAAAGAAAGGAACAGUGAUGAGCUUCUUAUAAGGCUUCUUUUUUUGUGUGUGAUUCCUGUUUGGGAUUCAACUAGCUGGACAUGCGUUGCUCCUGGGCGAUAGGACCGGUUGUUCUUAAGAAUACGAAUAUUUCCUGAUCUUCUUGAACAGUAGACUGUGAUUUAAAAAAUAAUCACUUUACUAAGAUAAAUAUAAAAUGCAUUCAGCGUUUUGAUGGGAAAUCAAUAUAUCGAAUGUCUAUUUUUAGACAAUAAGGAAAAUUAAAGUUAUAUUGUAUAACUAAUUGUAUGAACUGCUCGUUGUUAGUCAACUUUCCUGAGAAGGUGCCAUAUUCAACACAUCUACGGGUCAAAUCAGACCAUAGUAUCCAGCUUACAAAAACCAUAGAAAUAUCCAUAAUCGUGUAGUCGGCUCAAAGAGUGAGUUUUGAUUUGUCGCAUUACUAUUUUGAUUUGCAUAGCACAGAGUAAAAGUGCACACAAAAUGUCUUUUUCUCACCGAAUUUAUCAUCAGCUGUGUUUGUCUAGUACGUGGAUUUAGAAAUUUGAUAAAAAAUUAAACCGAAAAUAAACAAACAUUCUUGAAUAAA